GACUGGGCGAAAAUAAUCGGACACAGCUGGGUAUAAUGGGGAAGCACACGUGGAUAAUCAGGGGGGCAUGGCACACAUGAGGAUCGUACGAGCUGGGCGUGACAGUUCGACAUACUGAUCGCUAUGUAUCGCGAUACAACAGUUUGCAAUGUUACCAAAGUGUCAUUUUAUAAUUCCCAUAUUAAACAAGUUACCGUGCAUAGUGCUUUGGGGAGAGACAGACUCCAAGAGUGCAGUUCAUUUCACGUGUCUUUAAGUCAUUGUCUGAUAUUAUCCAGAGCUGAAUGUGUGAUUCAUGCUUACUACUAUAUUCUUGCUUUGCAGUUCUUACACAAUUUUUUUUCUUAUUUACUUCUAAAAGUAAAUAAAAAAACUUAUAAAACUGUCAUUAUUAUAUAACAACUAUACGUAUUAUGAUGUUAUUAUUUAGUUAUGUUGUUGCUUGGUUACAUUUGAUGCCUCCGCACGUGGGAAGCUACCGGUUUGAAAGAUGCGGCUUCACUUGCUUUUCUGCACCAAGAUGGCAAGAAUCAGACGAAUGGAGAAAGCUGUUUGCUGGAGCGACGACAGAUACUGGGCAACUUGGGACAAGUGGGGAGAGGUGAUUGACUGGGGAGAUGAGAAAGAGCUGUGCUCCCCAGCAGAAUCACCUUCUGACCAGGCUGACAGUUCCACUGAGUCACAUUCCCGAAGGCGAAUUGCCAAGGCAGUUAGCUGGACGGAUGAUGCUUAUUGGGCAGCCUGGGACAAGUGGGAAGAGAUCAUCUGCUGGGGUGAUGAAGAGGAGUGCUCCCAAGUAACUCCACCCACUAGCCAGCUUGGGAGGGAUAAGGGGAUAGAUGUACAUGGGUUGGAGGCUUUUGUGAUAAAUAACAGGACAAUCUCCAUAAAGCCUGUAGACAACCAUCAAGACAGUCUGAAGAUAGGAGCUGUGCUGGUAGACCUCUGCCAGUUUGAUCUCGAAUAUUUAGAUCAAAGUAAAUUUAAUUUUGAAAUUGUGCAAGUACAAAUUGGAGAAGUUGAAGUGGAGGAAACUAGAGAAAAGGCUUUUGAAAAAGCAUUUGAAUUGGAAAUUGUGGAUGUGGCAGUAAAAGUUAUAAACAGUGAAAUCCAGCCGAAUGCUAUAAAUUUGGAUAUUGUUGAAACUAAGGUGGACAAAUUAUUAUUGGAAGAACUGAUCAUUGGCGAUUUAGAAGCAGGCAAUGUGAAGGUGUCAGUAUCAAAUGGCAAUGUGGUGAAGGUACCCUUAAGGUACCCUUCACCACAGAGGAACAGAAGGACCAGGCAACCUUAGACCAUACUCUCUGGUGGUUGACUCGUGGCAACUGGACUUCUCUCUGAAAGUUAGAAACGUUUCGCUGCUCAUCCAAGCAGCUUCUUCAGACUGAGGGAGGUAGUAAGUGUCCACAUAUUUAUCCUCCUGGGUAAGUAGUAUAAGGGGGCUCAUUGAGUGAAACAAAGUGGGGGGGGGGAGUUGCGGGUAGAUGUAACCAGUCCCUCCUACUCCAAUAGAGUGGGUCGUUAAGGGUGGUCCACCUGGUGGAGGUGUGAAUUGGGUCUGUUUUUUUCCUGGGAAUAAUUUUUGUUUUGGCAAAUGAUGAGAGGGCCGCAGGUUAAAUUGGAGACAGGUUGUGCCUAAUGCCUCUACCUCUGUUGAGUGAGGGGUUGUGCAUUUGCACAUGCAAAGCU